GCUACAACAAUUGUCUUGUUCUGCAGCAGUCCCCAAUGUGGCAGCUUAUUAGAGAUGCCUUGUGCCCUAUACUGCUGACACAGCGAACAAGAAGCUCUGCUAACAAUAGAAGAGAGAUGGGCAAUGAACAUUUUAAAUGGGAGAACCGAAAAGUAUGGAUCUUUGCCACACCAUGACUCAUCCACUGCUUCAGAGCUCCAUCCCUCAAUCAAUGAGUUGGGUGACUUGGUAGGCAAGGGACACUGCAAAGACACAAUGCCGGUAAGUAUGGCAGAUCCAUAUUUGAAACCUUAAGCUGAAUAAUAUCACAUAUGCACAUGAAAAGAUAAUGGCUUUGAUUCCUCUUGUCUCUUUUGUGUCCCUUUGGCCUGCCUCAUUUCUAUCACCAUCUAUAUAAACAAACUCUGGAUGCCAAGGAAGGCAUUGCAAAUCAUCUCUCUCAACCUUCUCUUCAACUUCAAAACCCUUCCCCAAGUCUGCUCAAUUUCACCCAAAAAAAUGGCAGCAGCUUCUUUCCAUGCUCGCUCCAACAGUUUGCCUGCUAGAUCACACCCACUGAUCUCAGAAAUCGAUGAGCAAAUUUGCAGGUUGAGACAAUCUCAAGCUGCUUCCACAUCGUCGUCAUCAUCCAUAGGCCACAACUUGAAUAGCCUUCAGGUUGUGUAUGAUUGUGUUGACCAGUUGUUCCAACUGCCAUCAACUCAACAAGCCUUGAUCAAUGACCAGAAGUGCUUCAACGAGCUGCUAGACGGAUCCCUCAGGCUCUUGGAUUUGUGCAACACUGCCAAGGAUGCCUUGUCCCAGAUGAAAGAGUCCGUGGCUGAACUGCAAUCUGCUAUUCGCAGAAGGCAAGGUGGUGUGGAAGGAGAAACCAGAAGAUACCUGAAAUCACGGAAGACUGUGAUCAAAGCAAUCCAAAAGGUCUUGAAGGGUAUGGAAAACAAGAAAUCAACGUCAUCAAACAACAUCGAGACACUAUCCAUGUUGAAGGAAGCUGAAUCUGCUAUUGUUGAGGUUUUGGAGUGCUUGCUGGCGUUCAUUUCUCAAACAAGCUCAAAGCCAAGCAGCUGGUCAGUGUUUAAAAGGGUUGCAUCAGCUUCAAGUGAAAACGAAUUUGCAGAUGUGGAUGCCUCUCUAAAGACAAACAAAUCUAAUGAGGAGGUCCAACUUCACUUGAAGAACUUGCAGCCAUGCAUUCAAGAUCUCGAGGAAGGAGUUGAGAGCCUGUUCAGGCGUUUGAUCAAAACAAGAGCCUCCAUUCUCAAUAUCCACAAUCUGUAACUAUUACAUCAUCAAAAGAAUACUUGUACAAGUUGUAUAUAAAAUUUUGAUACUCUAUCCAUAAAUAUACAUGGUCUCCAAGUUCCUGCAACAUUAAGUCUCAUGCUGUUCAUUGCUCUAUCUUUUAGCCUGCACUUUAUUUCCAUCCAUUUUAAUUGCCUUUUACACACAAGAAAUAAAUCGCAGUUAACAAAAAUAUAAUCUCAGAUAAGUUAGCUAAAUAAGAGCAUGACUCCAAAUCACAUUGAAGACUGUCAAAGGAAAUAAUGAACCAUAUUAGGCAGAUCUUGCCUUCCAUUGAUACAGCAGUAGCAGCUUGGUAUGAGUAAUUAAUCAUACACACUAGUCUAAAACUUAGUCAGAGCAGACAUAAGGAAUCGAAUUUUACAAUCUAUAUAUCAACGAAUGAGAUGGAAUAUGGCUAUGAUUUCGAUUUGGUAAACAACCAUCCCAGCAAUGUCUAUGCAAUGUUCUAUUGCUUACCAGCACUGUCCAGCUCAUUUACCUAUUCAUCCUUCAUCCUCUCCUAAUCUCAUUUAGCAGAAAGUCAGAUUUAAUGCAGGGAGUGGGUUGCUUGGCCUGAUUUCCAACGAUCUCUGAUAUCAUUUGAAUCAGUCCAAACCAUAAUCUACUCCCACUGGAUUUGGCUUUCACCAUUUCUACAUGUCCUUUAGUUAAGCUGUUUCUUCUGAGACAAAACAAUGGUUUUAAACUGGGAAAGAGCUGGAGACAUUCAAGAACUGCAAACAUACAAGAACUGGAGAUAGCUGCCAAGAAUCUUCUUGUCUUGCUCCCAAAAAGGCAUAGUUUUUUCUUAUAUAUAUAUAAGGGCGACGAGAAUUUAUUAAUGAAAAAAAAAAAGGAGUGUACAAUCUACAAGCUAAGCCUGGGAUCAAACCUUCAGCCUCGCCGGUCCCAAAUCGUUCUUCUCCCAGCUCACAGAGUCAACCCUUGGGUUCAUCCAUCGAAAGCCCGGAGCUUUUCACCGCCCUGCUUUCCCUCCUCUGCACAGGGAAUAUCCCUUCCAGGCUAAAGCUUUCGACAUCGAUGAUUUGGCCGAAGAAGGCCGACUCGCUCGCUUGAUCAAGAAGCCCCCUUUGAUCAGCCGGGAAGGGGAUUUCAGCAGUUGCAACAGACGACGACGAAUCCCCAUUUUGGAACUACUCAUUGUUGCUGCUGUUGGGCACUCUGUUUAUGCUUUCUUUGCUGUGUUACAUUACACGAACCAGCUCUCUGUUUAUAGAGGCUUUCAAACCGCCAUUAGGAAAGGCUCCAGUGGGCAUUGAUUUCAGUCGGUUGUACCGAGCAAAUUGGAGCUUAGCUAUAUUCAAUUUUUAGUUACACAACGCAGAGAUAAGGAUGGAUCACAGACUUGGCCGACUAAAAGAAAUUCUCCAUGUCGGUAGCUUAUUGGCUGGCUGACACUCAGCAACCACGUUAGCACUUAGCAGAUCAUAUAUCGUUUCGUUUUGCGUUUCUUUUCGACGUUUCGCGUUUCCUUCUCCUGCGCAGGCAAAAUGGCGAAUGCACAAGUCGAUACCCUUUGAAAGUAAAGAAGACCACUUUGCGAACCCCUUCAGACGAACGGAGUGACCAGACUUGCUUCUGAUGCUGCAGUAGUAAGCAUCUUCUGCUCUUGAAAGUUCAUCUGUACUCACUUGCCCACAGCAGUAAGCAUCUUCUUUUUCCAGCCUAGAAACUAGAUAGCAAUGACUUUUCCACAGCAGUUGGAAGAGAACCCUGUGUUGCUUGACUUGAGUUUUUCGUUCAUGAAGGCCAUUCCUUCAGCUCAUACGCAUUCCUUCACCUGGGGGAUCAAAGAAACCGAAAUGGUAAUC